AUGUCUUUCUCCGCCGCCUCGAAGCAGGUCUGGCGGCGCGCAGGCGCAGUGCAGCGCCGUCAAUUCAGCUCUACGCCGGUUGUAGCAGCAGCGGAGGUAAAGAAGCUUGGAGUGAUCGGGGCAGGUCAAAUGGGUCUAGGCAUUGCUUUGGUAGCGGCGCAGAGGGCUCAAGUCCCAGUCACGCUCAUAGAUACCUCGCAAGCAUCAAUAGACAAGGGCCUCAAAUUCGCCGACAAGCUGCUAGAGAAGGAUGUAUCAAAACAGCGGCUGUCUAGGGAAGAUGCCACUGCGGCCCGCGAGCGGCUCAAGCCCAGCACGCAAAUGGACGACCUCUCGGAUGUGGACUUCGUAAUAGAGGCCGUACCGGAAAUACUAGACCUCAAGACCAAAAUCUUCUCCCAGCUCGCACGGAUCUGCCCUUCCCACGCCAUCCUCGCAACGAACACAUCCUCCAUAUCAAUCACUCGCAUAGCGGCUUCAACCACGAAAGACCCCACAGACCUUUCGGCCGCCUCGCGCGUCAUCAGCACCCACUUCAUGAACCCGGUGCCUGUACAAAAGGGCGUAGAAAUCAUUACCGGGCUACAGACAUCUGAAGAGACCGUGGACACUGCAAUCGAGUUUUGCAAGCGCAUGGGCAAAAUCCCGUCGCGGAGUGCCGACUCACCAGGCUUCCUUGCAAAUCGGAUCCUGAUGCCCUAUAUCAACGAGGCGAUCAUCUGUCUCGAGACAGGGGUAGGAGCGAAAGAGGACAUUGACAACAUCAUGAAGAACGGGACGAAUGUGCCCAUGGGCCCGCUGCAGCUUGCAGACUUUAUCGGUAUCGAUACGUGUUUGGCGAUUAUGAAUGUGCUGUAUGGAGAGACGGGGGAUAGCAAGUACCGGCCGGCGGUGUUACUACGGAAAAUGGUGGAUGCUGGCUGGCUAGGCAAAAAGAGUGGGAAGGGGUUCUACGAUUAUUAG